AUGUCAUUGGAACCUGCUGCAACACGAGAUGGGCCUCCCAUAGACACACUUCAUACGGAGGUCACAGUAGAGCAUGCUAUGGAGGAAUAUGAUGAAGAAGAGCAUCCUCAUCAUGCUAUGGUACAGACUGAUGCUAUAAUACACAAAUCGCCGAAACCCACGACUAAAUACCAUCGUGAUGCCCAGACGUGCAUCACGAAAACACGACGUACACAGACAAGGCGGGAACAAGGCACUAGCAUGCCUCGGGGGGACUUGUCGGCCGUGACCAAAGAAGGAGAUAGAGAGAUGACCCCUCGGUCGCCAUAUUUCACCAGCGCUGACAGGGAGGCUCUACUAGUAGAUAAGGUCACUAUCAUACAGUCCCAUGCCCGUGGUAUGAUGGCUAGAGUACGUUGUCGGCAUCUUCAAGCUGAGAGGGAGACACUACAAAGGCAACAACAGCGUGAGGAGGACCAAGCCGUAAUAGAGGAUGAACUCAUAAGGCGACGAGAAGUUCAACGAAGACUCCAGCCUAGGACAUAUGAUGACUUCAUCACAUUGUAUAGUGAGAUACAAGCAUGGCGUUUGAAUGAGACAAGACGUAUUAAGGAGUGCAUUGCAGUAGAGGAGGACCAACGUGUGGCCUUGAAGGAGUUAUUGAAUAAGGAGGUUAAAUUACUCCAAACUGUUGACCGAUUGAAGCUGAAUGCCCGUAAACAUAAUAGGAGUGUUAAGGCUACCAGGAAGCUUGAGGCAAUGGCCAGACCCAAGGUAUGGACUCAGGGUGAUGGUGAUAGCACACUCGUGUAUACACCAUCUACCACCCGAGCUGAGGAAUAUAUGGGACUGUAUGAAGCUUUACGGCUUACUACACUUACCUCGAAUGAGAGAUUGGAUCUACUAUUGCACAUUAAAUGGGUUAUAAAGAUGUACCGUGGAAAGAUGACUGGUGAACUGGCUGAGCUCCUCGACCGUGAAGCGGAUCUAUUGAAUCGUGGUAGAGGCAGUAGAAGCUUGAAGGGCUUGCGGCAGAGAAUAUCUGAUCUCUUUUAUGACUACAUCAGCACACCUGAGGUGAACCCCGAGGCUUGUUUAUUCCACUAA